AUGGGUAAAGAAGGCCUCAGAUACGCUGCGAAAGUAUCUCUAGACAAGCCAGCAUCAGAGCAAAAGUGUCUCCAUAACCGCUGGCAUCCCGAAAAUCCCUCCUAUGGCACCAUCAAACCCGGCGAGGCAGUUAAGAUCGAAUGUGUAGACUGGACUGGUGGCCAAAUCGGCAACAACGAUUCUGCAGAUGAUGUACGCGACGUAGAUCUAACCAAGAUUCACUACCUCACCGGUCCCUUUGAUAUCGAGACUGCGGAGCCUGGUGAUGUGCUUCUUGUCGAGAUCCAAGAUGUGCAACCGUUAGAUGAACAGCCAUGGGGAUUUACCGGUAUCUUCUCAAAGGAAAACGGAGGAGGUUUCUUGGAUGAAAUCUACCCAGAGCCAGCAAAAGCCAUCUGGGACUUUGAAGGCAUCUUCUGCAGCUCCCGCCACAUCCCCGGCGUCCGUUUCGCAGGCCUCAUCCACCCAGGCAUCCUCGGUUGUGCCCCCUCGGCCGAAGUCCUAGAAACCUGGAACACGCGCGAAGCCGAACUGAUAACCACGCACACCCACCUCAACCGCACCGUGGCCGAACCCCCUCAACCCACCAACGUCCACGCCGGCUCUGCACCAGCUGACCUCCUCCAAAAGAUUGGAAAAGAAGGCGCGCGCACCAUCCCCGGCCGCCCCGAACAUGGCGGAAACUGCGACAUCAAAAACCUCUCCCGCGGCUCAAAAGUCUACCUCCCUGUCCAUGUGCCUGGCGCUAAAUUCAGCGUUGGUGACUUGCAUUUCAGCCAAGGUGAUGGCGAAAUCAGCUUCUGCGGCGCGAUUGAAAUGGCGGGUGUGAUUACGCUGAAGUUCAGCGUUAUGAAAGGUGGUAUGAAACAGCUGGAUAUGAAGAGUCCGAUCUACAUCCCUGGCCCCGUAGAACCGCAGUUUGGGUCCGGACGGUAUAUUUAUUUCGAGGGGUUUAGUGUUGAUGAGAAGGGCAAGCAGCAUUAUCUCGAUGCAACGGUUGCGUAUAGGCAGAGUUGUUUGAGGGUUGUGGAGUAUUUGAGGAGGUUUGGUUACAACGACUACCAAAUCUACCUUCUCCUCUCGUGUGCCCCUGUCCAGGGCCACAUUGCCGGUAUCGUGGAUAUCCCCAAUGCCUGCACGACGAUUGGGCUGCCGAUGGAUAUCUUCGAUUUCGAUAUCGCGCCUCAUGUUGUGCCUGAGAAGAAACAACUUGGUGCUUGUGCGUUUGCGGGGAAGAAGUGA